GGCCGGCUAGAUCUACCAAUUGGUGUUGUAGCUUCUGAGGAAGGAUUUAUCCAUGUUACCGAUACUGCCAAUCAUUGCAUUAAGAUAUUUGAUCCCCAUGGUACAGUAAAAAAAGUACUCGGCAGCUACGGUAAAGAAGCAGGACAGUUCCAUGAACCGCAUGGUAUUGCCAUUGAUCAAAGAGGUAAUUUGGUCAUUGCAGAUUCGAAUAAUGAUAGAAUUCAAGUAUUAACUCCAGAAGGACGCGUUUUAUGUCAUUUUGGUGGUUCUGGCUCAGCUGAAGGUUGUUUUAAACGACCAUCUGGCAUCUCAUUUGAUAGUCAGGGAGUUCUUUAUGUCUCUGAUCGAGACAAUCAGAGAGUGCAACUUUUC